AUGGGCACUUUGUAUCAGAUUACACUUGUGAACAUAGUUCUUUAUGUUUCAUUAUUCAUGAAUAGAACAAACACCUUGCCAGUGGACCUAACACUUGGUUUCACUGAACUCCCACUAAACACCUCCAAUUUCGACCAUCACAAACCCUACGACGUACCCGUAACACAACGCUACAGCUUCAUAGAUGGAGUGCACAAACUGUGGGUAUAUUCCACAGACAAACCUCUCUCCCAAAAUAGCACAACAAGGCCUAGAUCCGAAAUCCGCAUUAGAGGCUAUGAUUAUUCCUCUGGGGUGUGGCAAUUUCAAGGGCAGGGGUUUGUGCCAUAUGGUACCUCUGGCGUGUGCAUCAUGCAAGUGUUUGGGGCAGAUUAUCCUCGUGCGACAACCCUCAUGGUUAGAACCUACAAUAAUACACUUUCGUAUUAUAAGGCUCCAAUCCUUGUUCCAAACAUAUGGGGGAGAUGGUUUCAGUUAAACGUGAUCCACGAUGUGGAGGCCUCUAAUGUGAAGGUUUAUUUAGAUGGUGUUCAGGUUUACGAAGCAACGGGGUAUGGUGGUUUCUCCCACUACUUCAAAUUUGGAGUGUACACACAAAAUGAUCCUUCUAAUUACAUGGAGUCUCGGUGGAGAGGAGUUCGAGUUCUCAAAAAGGUUUAUCAUUGA